UCAGCCAGAACCAUCAUAAUUUGCCAUAAAUCUGAUGCUUGUUUACUUGUGUAAUCUUGAUCUAUCUUCGUGUAGUGGUGUGUGAUAAAAAUUAAGUUUUAUUGUUAUAAUCGUUUCGUGACAAUAUUCCACAAGUUCGUGUGUGCUGGCAAUUUGUAAAUGAAUUGGACGGAUUUAUAGGAAGAAAACUACGGAAUGAGAAUGGAUAUUUGCUGUCAAAAUUGAUGAUAAUUGCGUUGAAAAAUAAAUUACCAAGGUACCGAUUUCGAAGAGACUCGGAAAAGGCCGUCGCGACCCAGCUUCGACUAGGGACCCACCAGGGCUCCUAGCUUCGACCGACAGCAGCUGCGUACAUCCCAAUACCACACCACCGAACGUCGGUAAAUUCUCGCGCAUCAGAUUCGUCUAGAGUCGGGACAGUGGCGUCACUUAGGGUCGUGGCGACGGGUGGGAAACCAGUGGCGUCGGCGUUAUGCACGCCAAUGUGCAUGCGGACAGGAAUGAGUGGCGGCUGCCUCCCGACGAAACAUUGCAGGUCGCUGAUCCGAAAGCCAAAAAGGCCGAGGAGCUAGCACUACAUGAAGACGAGGGACAUAACUGGUGGUCGAUAAUAUUCUCCCUAUUAGUGAUAGGUUUAGUGAUAUCGGGAAUAGUAGCAGCCAUUUUUUUAGUUGGUUAUGUUGAUGAACUUCUCUAUUGGCGUGGACAGAGGAUGCAACUAGAGGAAUUAUUACAGGGUAAACUAAAUCCUGGAAGGCUGCCUUCAACAUGGAUAUCCCAAGCCCAUUUUGUUUUUCAAGCAGACGACGGUAGUUUGGCUGUUUUAGAUACUAGUAAUAAUUUUACAAUUUCGAUUUUAGUAACGAAUCACACUUUGAGACAACUGAACGUUAAAGGAUAUCAGUGCUCGAAGGACCUAAAAUAUGUGCUCUUCCAACAUGACGUUAAAUCGGUAUUCAGACAAUCUUUCACAGCACACUACACCAUCUAUGACGUUACCAAAGAACACUACCAACCACUAUACAUUUCGGAUGAAUAUUUAGCAGAGGAUCAAAUACCAAGUCAUCAUAUUCCCGUUCGGUUAGAAUCGUCCCCGAAGGCACAACCAGAGCGGCUGCAGUUUGUCAGUUGGCUGGGCCAAACCACUUCCCUACUAAUGGUAUUUAAUAAUGACAUCUACUUAAAACAGUCCCCCACAGAUGAGACUGACACCAGGCUUACAGACACCGGCAGACCGGAUCUUAUAUACAACGGCAUCCCCGAUUGGUUGUAUCAAGAGGACGUCUUACAAAGCCAGGAGGCCUUAUGGAGUUCCUAUGAUGGCACUCAUUUAAUGUAUGCAACUUUUAAUGACAGUCAAGUAGGAAUUUUAAAUUUUCCUUGGUUUUCAACGGGAACGACAUUAACUUCUAGUAAGUCGGCCCAAAGAGCCCCACCUUCCUUUCCCAGUUCCAGGACUGUUCGAUAUCCCACGCCUGGAUCAUCCAUUCCUAGUGUACAGUUAUGGGUCUUAGACAUGACUAAUGUCACGGAUCUUCAGCGUCACCUAGUUCUUCCACCAAAAGCCUUAAUAGGACAGGAUUACUAUUUAACAUCGGCCGGCUGGAUUGGACAGAAGAACACGCAAGUGUCCGCAGUGUGGAUUAACAGAGCACAAAACCUCAGCAUUGUGUCAGCUUGUUUGGCACCCAACUGGACCUGCAUCGAGACACAUGCGGAAAGAGCGCACGAGAACUCUUGGCUGGAAAUCCAAGAACAUCCUGUUUUUUCACCGGAUGGCGACAGUUUCCUGAUGCUUGCUCCUGUUCAGGAAGGCAGCCGUGAGAGCUUCACUCACAUCAAACACAUCAGCGUCACUCAGCAGCACAUCGCAGUCAUCAGCCACGGUCGGCAUGAAGUCACCAAGAUUCUGUACUGGGACACGGCCAGUCAUCUCAUAUAUUACUUAUCAUCAGAAGAUGGAAAACCUGGUCAGAGACAUCUAUUCGUAGUUCAAGAUCCAUCAACGGAUGACGCACGUCGUUUAGAGUCCCACUGCAUUACUUGUGACCUAACCGAGUUUUUGUGGAGUAGUAGAUAUCUAUACGGCAAUUGCACUCAUUUUAAUGCGUUGAUAAGUCCCCGUGGAGAAUAUACAAACGCCUCCUACUACAUCCUUCAGUGUGAAGGACCUGGUCUUCCAUUAGCUGGCAUGCAUAAUGCCACCUCGCACAAGCUGCUCAAGAUACUGUACGAUACUCGGCCACAAAAGAUGCCGAUUUUGGAGGAGCUUGCCAUGCCUAAGAAGAAGUCAUUUGAAGUACCCUUACCUCACGGCAGCAGAGCGCAGGUUCAGCUUUUGUUGCCGCCUUCGUGGAGGGAGGAGCUUAGAGAUGCUGCUUACCCUGUCAUUGUUGAAGUAAAUGGUAGGCCAGGUAGUAAAGCAGUUACCGAACAAUUUAAAGUGGAUUGGGGUACUUACAUGUCCAGUCACUGUGACGUAGUAUACGUUAAGUUAGAUGUAAGGGGGGCUCAGGGUCAGAGUGAUAAGGCUUUGUACCAUCAACUUGGAGGAGUUGAAGUAAAAGAUCAGGUCACCGUACUUGAACACCUUUUAGAUAAAUAUAAGUACUUAGAUAAGACUAGAGUAGGCCUGUGGGGUUGGGGAUAUGGUGGCUACGUUACUGCCAUGGUAUUAGGUUUAGGUAACCAACAAAAGGUGUACAAAUGUGGAAUUGCUGUUAGUCCGAUAGCUGAUUGGUUAUACUACAAUUCUGCAUUCACGGAGAAAAUCUUGGGUCUUCCAACGGAAAACUUCAAGGGUUAUGUGGAAGCAGAUGCCACACAAAGAGCAAAAUAUAUUCCCAAAAAAUCCUUCUUCCUUAUGCAUGGCCUUGCUGACCUCUCAGCGCCUUAUCAGCAUGGUAUUGCCCUUUCAAGGGCUUUAGCUGAAUCAGGGGUUCUGUUUCAAUAUCAGAGUUAUGCUGACGAGGGUCACGAACUGGAAGGUGUUAUUGAACACGUUUACCGUUCUAUGCAAACUUUUUUCGAAGAGUGCCUUAACUUAGACACAGAGGAAAAGGAAAAAGAGAAAAGAGCAAAACAAGAAAGAGAGGAGAACACAUGAAAAACGCUUUCUAGUUAUUUAUUACACUACCAUCACGUUAAAGCCUUUAAAAGACUGUUAAGUGACAGACUUGAUACAUCCUUUAAUCUUACCCUGAAAGGUCAUUGAAUUUUUCAGACAAUUAAUAUUUGUUUUUCAUAUUUUAUUUUAAAAAUUAUGUAGCUCUUUUCUUCUUAUUUCAAAUCAAGUAAAAAAUAUAGAGAAAAUAUAAACUCAAUGUUAGGAUUGUAGAAUGUUAUAAGACUGGAAAUAUUUUAGAUGAAGUGUAUUUUCAAUGAACUUUUAGGGAAUUCUAUGUUGACGAAUACCUUUUCCCCCCUCACCCUCGAUUUCACUUGAUUUUUCGUAAUAUGUGAAAACGAACUAUUAGUGAGAAAAUUCAUCUUAUUCUGAUAACAAGCAAUCAAUAAUCAUCAAUAUUGAUAUCAUAGAUUUUAAAAUUAUUAGGGCGUUGACAGUGUAGAUACUCAAACUAAAAACGAAUUAGAAUUAAAAAUUUUUAAUUGACUACGUUGAUAAUUCGUAUUUUAUAAAUGUAGAUUAAUAUGGACUGAAGUCUAUCAAAGAAAGAAUAAUAUUAGUAGAUGGGAUUGUUUGGUACUAUGUUAUAUUAACAGUAUUAAAAUACUUUUUAUAUUGAUACAACUAAUAACAAUUCCACUAAAAUAUGUACGAAUUAGUUUAUUUAAUUAAAGUAUCAUGAAAUCGUAUUUAUGAAUAAAUUAAAGAUUAAUACUUUGAUAUUUUAUAAUUUGUCUCACAUGGUCAUAAUUUAAACUUAUUGAAUUUAGCCCUCUUGUUACUAAAUGAUCCCUAUAUUGAAAAAGUGUAACAGUUUUUUAAAUAAUUAUUUUUUCAGUUCUAAACUGAUCAGCAUAAACAAUUAUCCUUCCUAUUAUAAUCAAAUAAAUGUUAAUAUCAAUAAUAAUAUUAUUUUGUCCAGAAAUAUAUUAUAUUUAUUUUGCUCAAGAAUCAAAAUAUGCCUUGAAAUAACCUUUUUUACACUGAAUUCUAGUUAUUAUUGAUAAAACUUAAACUUUUAACUAUUUGAAAAAGAAUUAUGUAGUAAAUAUCACUAAUACGUACAUAUUAAGUACCACAGAUUCACUAACGCAAACAUGCAUUCUAGUUCCCUAGAAGGAUAUCUCCUAUGUCUGAUAUUAAUCCUCAGAUAUUAAAAAGACUGAAUAGAAAUAUUUUCUUUAUUUCUAAAUUUGCUAAGCCAAUCAUUAAAUUUAUUGCUUAUAAAAGCCUUACAAUUUAUACAGGGUAUUAUAUGAUUCUGAAAGUGCAUCUGUCUUCGUAUUUUUGAAUUAAGCGUUGUAAUUAUUAUUUUAAAUUGAACUCUAUAUGGAGGUAUUUUUGGUUCCUAAAGCAACGAAUUUUACUUAUUAAAUAUUUUAAAAUAUUUUAAAUACUAUUCGAUGCAUGUUGAUUUAACAUAGUUCCAAUCGAAUCGCAUUUUCAGUUGUUAAUUGUUAGUUUUGUAGUUAACUGUUUUAAAGUUUAUAUUUAGUUAUUCAGAAUAGAAUAAAAGUCAAUUAUCUGUAAAAAAAGUACAUUCGAAUAUCCAAUUGAUUAUAAUCAAUUAUUUAUUCAAAUUAUGUAAAUGGAGCUUUUUAUUAAAAACAUUCAGACGAAUGAAUCAAUAACAAGGUUGUGAAUUUUACUGAGGUAGAAUGGGCAAUAGACAGUACAAGAAAGUAAUUAGUAAAAAAAAUCAAAAUAUUAACAAAACGAAAAUAGAAGACACUCAAAAAAUUUAAGCAAUAAAAAUUAAGCCCGUUCUAUCUACAAAGUGCUUCAUUUAGUUUCAAUGAAAUGCUCUGUACAGCAAGAAAUUAUAGUGUACGCGUAGAUUUUUAGUAUAGCUGUGUUAAAAAGGGCAAAGGACAAUCUUUAUAGUUGAAAGUUCUUACAUAUUUAUAUCUUCUACUUGUAUAACAUUUUCAACUCUUACUGUAUUUACUUUUUCAAGUAGACUUAUGAUCAAUUUUAAAAAUUUUAUCUCUUCGCUGAUGUAUAGAGUGCCUAAAUGAAUAAUGUUGAAAUUGAUUUACUUUGUUAAUAUUUAAUUAAGACCAAUGUUAAUAUGACAGGAACGAAUAAUUAUUUGUUUUUUUAAUGAAUAAUAAAAUUCUGUAGAUCGGUAUUAAAAAAAAUAAAUUAAUUCAAUAUAAUACAAUAUUAUUAUUAUUAUUAUUAUUAUUUUCUUGUUGAUUUCAAAAUAUAAGUAUCGGAUAAAAUUACUAUUAUUCCUGCAGUAUAUUUCACCGUACAUGUUUCUGGUUUAAAAACAAGAGAAAUUUUGUGCAAAAUCAGUUAAAUUGUAUCAUUUUCGUGGGUGUGUAUUUUAUUCGAUCUUGUAUUUGAAAUUAGUAUCUAUAUUGAUGACGUAACAAUUCACAGGGUAAAUUUUGAAACUGAAAUAUUUUUUCUCAAAAUUUAGGUAAUAACUUUUUUUUAAACAAAAACUUAUCAUUUUAUCCUUAGUCAGUGUUAUUUAUAAGUCUUUUGUCUUAGUGUUGUUUGAUGUCUAACAGAAUUUUAUAAUUCAACUAAUGAACUUUCAACAGCUUUGAACAGCUAUUUAACUAUAAAAUACUCUUCCAAAUUUUAUAAACUACUUGUAUUUAUGUAAAUUGAAAUAUUUAAUUUGUAAUAAGUAUUUUUAGAAUGUACAGUAUUUUAUUUUUGAGUAUUGUAUAAAAUUAAUAGUAUAAUUUGUGCAUUCUAAAUGUACCAGUGUUACAUUGUUGUUGUGAUUAAAUAAUUUCGUAAUUAUUUUGUAAAUAUUUUAUUUAAAUGAAUGUAAAAUAACAAACUACUUUUCUGGAAUCAUUGGGCCUAUAUCACUUAUCAGGAAUAACCGUUUAAAUUUUCUAGAUGUUAUUUUCUCAAAAAGUAAGUCAAAUUCUUUUUUAAAACAAAAUGCAAGGCCUAUUCCGUAUUUUCGCCAUAUAUUAUUAUAAUUAAUUUAUUAUUUGACUUGCUCUUUGAGAAUUUUUUUUCAUAAUUUUAUAGAAAAAUGUUGCCUAAAAUAUAAUUGUUGUACACAUCAGUGUUUUUAUGAUAAAAUAACGUGCAAAACACCAAUUAAUUAAUUAAUAUUGAGAUUAUUACAAAUAAUUUUAAGUCAUGCAGCCGUGUUAGAUAAUUAUGGAAUGUUAAUAAAUGUUUCAUUUUUGUAUUAUAUUUAACUAUUAAUAAAAAUAAAGCAGACAAAACGUUUAAAUAAAUCGUUAUAAU